UUAGAUUGCAUUAAUUAAAUUUUCAGUUCAUGGUGUAAGCGACAGAUUGGCUUGACAACAAGACGCUUUUGACUGCUAAUCGGCUUUCGCUCUCGGAAAUGUUUUCACUUUUUCAGCCGAGGACACCAAGAAAUCGAAAUGAAGACAGGAGAAAAUGAGACACGAAGAGACCCAUUUCUCUGCACCUGCGGGCCAUGUAAGAGGUUUUGGAAAAGUACUUUUGGCCCAGAAGCUGGGCGUUUAAAGCGCUCCCCCAUUUGCAAAACAAAACUGUUAAAUCAUCCAGAGAAAACCCCAUACCUACCCCUGGGGGGACGAGUAACAGUGAAUGACAAACACACAGGCACAGUGCGAUAUGUGGGAUACCUAGAGAGACAUCGACCGAAGCUGUAUGUUGGAGUAAAACUGGAUGAUAAUGUGAAUUCAACUCAUAAUGGCAUUCUCAAUGGAAAAAGAUACUUCUACUGUCCCAAAGGUCAUGGUGCAAUGGUUGAGUAUGACAAAGUGAGACCUAUGUCUGCACCAAACAAGAAACCAGCUAUCAGAGGUAACUACAUGUUCCCAAGCUAUGAAGUGAUAAGACGGAGGAGACAAGAACGAAGUGAACAGUUAUCAGCCCUGGAGACUUCAUCAAACAACAGCUCUCCACGAAGCACUCCCAAGGUGCUUCCAGCUUUGGAGCGGAGCCGUAGUGCCUCGACUGUAAGACCUACCAAUGACCCAAAAGAUAUGGCAUACCAGGACCGGUUACGAGAAUUAGAGCGAGAGAAGAGAAAGCAAGAAGAGAGGCAACGAGAGCAAAGAAGGCCUCGAAAAAGAGAACCAACUCCAAUUCAGAAAUGGACCAAAGAGUUCGGCGGAGAUGAGCGUGCAGCUAGAAUGGCAGAGACACUGGAAAGACUGCGACUAGCAUAUGAAGAAGGACUGAAACUAGUUCAAGAAGAAGAACAGUAUGAUCACAAGUGAAGUUCUUUGAAGAUUAACAUUUUAUGAUAGAAAUUGAAGACAGUUGUGACAUUGUGUAUCCUUUCCUUUUACGUUCUUCACAUUAUAUUCUUUGAUAGACCCAAAUAAGGCUUCAUUUAAGUUAGCUGGAAAGAGCAUUGGAGGGAAUGGAAGCCAUCUUGUCUGAGAAAGUCUUGCGGCUCUGUAUGCUGAACCUGUGUUGGCCGGAAUAGCCCCGUAGUGACUCACUGAGAUUUCCCUUCAGUGCUGACAACCUGUUGUAUCCACUGCUUUGAACACCACAUCAUUUUCAGAUAAAAAUGUAAACAAAUGCAAACAAUAAAUUCACUGCAACAUGCAGAAAUU